UUAAAUUGACAGCUCACUAGCCCAAUAAAACGCAUGCCCGUUGGGAAAAUUUGUCUGGAUGAAAAAUUUUUUCUCAAGUAAUCAUUGUUAUGAUAAUCAUAUAGAACAAAAUCUUAAACACAAUGAUGGCAUGUAGAAACUUAUUUUCACAUUUAUCUAGGUUAUCAUCCUCUCCUACAAGUUUUCUUGUGAGUAGAAAUAUUUCCCUUGGAUCUAGAAAUGACAUAAAAAUAAGUCCAAUUUUAUGUGCCGAACCACUCAAAAAAAAGAAAAAAAUGGAUCCUGCUGUUCUCCGAGCUCGAGAAGAAAGAAGGAAGAAAAAAAUAGAAAAACAAAUUAGGCGAUUGGAAAGAAAUGCCAGGCAAUUGAAACCAAUUGAGGAGUGUGAAAUUCCAUUAAAUGUUUCUGAUGAAAGAGACAUACGAACAAGAAAUAAUCCACCAUUACCUGAAUCAGAAAUUGAGCGAAGGGCACUCUUAGAAAAAUCAUGGGCUAGAUAUAAACAUGAACAGCGUUUUAAUGAUCUAAAGAUGAUAGAUCGCAUAUUUUUUUCCCAGCAAAAAGCUCUAGAUGAACUCAGAGCAGAAUCUGAGGAGUUAUACCAAGAAGCUAUCCAGACUGACUUUCGACUAAUACCUUUCAGAAGUGAAGGUCCUGUGGAAACCCCUCCCAUAAAAAAUUAUGAAGUCCCUGAUGGUGAUUAUGUAGAUACUUCAAAAAAAUGGGAAUAAUUGAUGUCAACUAGAGAAAUUUUAUGUUAUGUAUGAAUUUUUGAGAAAUAAAUAUUGUCAGAGUAAAA